GGAGUUCUUAAGGGAACAAGUAUGUUCUGGUGUGCUUACUGAAGAAGGUGAUGAUGAUGUAUUGACCAAGGCUCUUGGGAAGCCCGAGCACGGUGGAAGAGUUCGAGGUCAAGGAAUGCAUGUGAGGAAGGCUGUGUAUUUCAAUCUCCCGCGUUCAAAGAAGCAGAAGACACAAACAACGGUUGAUGAGCAAGUGAAGGAGGGUGUGAGACAACUUUUGGCAGAGGAGGUGAAUAACAUUGUUGCUUCAAGAGAUGCUUUUUGGAUGGCUGAGAUAGAGAAGUUGAAAUCAGAGAUCUGGAAGAAACAAGGAACUAGUCCCGCUGUCCCUUCCCAAGAGGCUAGCUACUCACCUAAAUUCAGGGAAGGUGGGCAGAAUCAACAAGUGGUAAGGAAGAACCUUAAUGACUCAUUUGAUGCAGACCUUGAACCACUUAGAGAGAAUAAUGACAUUGAUGAUGAGUGUAAUCAUAUACCGUCCGUGGCAAUUCCUCAUGAUGAUCAUGCAAAGGUGGAGAAGCUUGUGGGAGUUGGAGGACUUAAAGUAGAGAAGAAUAUAGAAAAAGAUGUCUUGGCUGAUGUUGAUUUUGGGGAGAGCCAAAUGGCACAGCUUGCUGUUGGUUCUGUGGACAAUAUUGUUGCACAUGCAAAGGUGUAUGGAUUCUCCCGGAUGGAUGACCUCACCCUACAUGAUGAAAAACUGGGUGAAGAAUAUGCAAAGGUGUCCAUUACAGAAGCAAUAAAAGAUGUUGACAUUCCAGUCCCAAUCCCCGGUGAAGUACUUACUGUUGAACAAGCCAAAGGAACUUUUGUAGCAUGGCCUAAGGAGCUGAUAGUCUUGGAUGUGCUUCCUAAAGCAAAGAGCAAUUUAAAAACUAUCAAAAAGAAAAAGGCCCCUAAAAGAUUGAAAAAGGCACAUGUUCAAGACGAUAAGGAAUGUGGCCAAGAGUUCCAAGUAGAAUUUGGUGCUGAGUAUCCACUGCAGUUGAAACGGCUAUGGUUGUGGGCUAAGGAAGCAUUGUCUGAUGAUAGAACACAUACUUUUGUCCUUAAUAAAGAUGCCUUUGGGGUGGAAAAGAAGUUAUCAGUUUUUCUGAGUGAUAUACAUGCUCUGUGCGCUCGUGGCGAGAUGGCUGGAAGCAUAAUUACAUUAUACAUCCACUGCCUGUAUGAGCUUGUGAAAAAAAACAAAAUGCUUCAGAUGAUCUCUUUCGUGGAUCCCGGCAUGGUAGGGACGCUUGCAUGUGGGAACAUAGGGCAGAGGUCACGCAAGCUUGCUGAUCGCUUUAAGGGGGCCUGUGAUGGACAACACUUUCUAAUACCGUUCAAUGACGUGUAAGUAUGUUUAAGUUGUUCAUGUCAAGAACUGAUGUUCUGAAUUGUUUCUUCCUUGUGAACUUCGUCUUCAAUUUGCAUUUGUAAUGCUUUGUUAAUACA